CCAUGGCGGGAAGUGACCCUCAGAAGCAGCUUCUAACCCUAAUCCGCGACUUCGCCUCUGAAAAAUCUCAAGGAGAGAGAAGAGUAGUUGGCUUAAAGAAGCGAUUCGAAGAGCUUCGGUCUGAGCUCGACGUAGCAAAUGCGGAGCUCGAAGACGCCAAGCGCGCAAAAGAAACCGAUGAGCAAGAGUUUAAAGGUUACGAAGUUGAAUUGGCUAUGAACGAAGCCUCGAUUCAAACCCUAGAGGCAAGAAUUGAUCUGAUUCACGACGAAAUAUCCACCGUCGGAUCUGAUCUAGAAGCUCUUAAGCAUAACGAAGGAGCUUUGCGAGAUGAGUUUAUAAACCAAAUGUUUGAGCUCAACACUAAGAUAAGGAAAUUCCAAGAAGUAAUCGCUUGUAAUGUUCACCAGGAAAGUGAUGUUGGAGCUGCCGCAGUAGCCGAACACAUACAUGUGAAGAAAGUAGGUGAAGUUGCUUUAAAAGCUUUGGAGGAUACACUGGCCCAUAUAAUAUCUCAAACAACUAAAGAGGAAGAAGAAUACCAAGCAGAACAGAAUUUUCAAAAGCAGGUCCAGCAGGAGUUGAUUGAUUAUGAGGAGAAGGUGUCUCUAAUGGACGUGAUAAUUAAAGUAACAAAAGAGUUAGAGGACAUAACAAUAUAUCCUCAUAAAAAAUUACAUUGGGUAGUACCAAUUCAAAGUUACUGACUUACUGGUUUACGUAC